GCCUUCAGUCAUGAGCUUAGUCACGAUUGGAUCUUUUGCCUCGCAGCCAUUCAUUCGGUUGCCUUGGCACAUCCAUUUCAUGCCAUUUUGCAGUGGACGACAUUGUCAACAACCCAACCAUGAUGUGUUAACUGAAAGCCGUUCCUUUGUCUCUUGAAACUUUACUAGUCUACAGUAGCAAAGCAACGAUGACAACAUCACUCCGUCGAGCCGACUUGUUGUCGCUGAGCAAUUUGCGGAAUGACGGUCGCAAACCAGAAGAAAUUCGUCGCUUGCGGGUCCAACUGGGUCCACUGGCAGGAGAAGCGGGUGGAUCCGCUUUGGUAGAAAUGGGAUUGACCAUGGCAUUGGCGGUCGUCAAGGGCCCCAUGGAAUGUCUGCGACGAUCGGAUGAAUUGCCCGAUCGUGCCAUUCUCGAUGUCAAAGUGUCUGCAGCGCCGUUUGGCUUUGGAACGGAUCGACGUGUUACCAACGCCAAUACGGAUCGACGAUUGGUGGAAGCGGCGCAUUGGUUACAAAAGGCCAUGGAAGCGACCGUCUUGUUGCAGUUGCAUCCCAAAUCUCGUAUUCAAAUUCACGUCCUCGUAUUAGCCGACGAUGGGGGACGACUCUGUGCCGCUAUUAAUGCCGCGACGUGUGCGCUGCUCGAUGCCGGGAUUCCCAUGAAGGACUUUUGUGUCGCUUGUACGGCCGGAUUGGACGAGGAUACCACCUUGGUAGAUCUCAAUCGAAGAGAAGAAUCCUCCAGCAAUGGACAACCCGCCGUCGUCUUGCCCUGUGCCAUGCUGCCACAACGAGGGACUGUCGUAUUGGCACAAUGCGAAGCACGAUUACCCAGUACCGACACGUUGCAUCGUGUACAAGCGGCCGCCAUGGACGGAUGUCGGGCCGUAUUUGAAAUUCUACAAGCCGCGGUUCGAGAACGAGCCACUACGUUGCUCUCGGCGCGAAAGGGACAUGCGUCCAUUGAAAAUGCAUUUCCAUGA